AUGGUGCUGGAGGACCGAGCUGGGCCGGGGCCAGAGGCGGCAGCACAAUCCCAGAGACGAGAGCAGUUGGAUCCUCCACAAAGAGCCGCCAUACCGGGCCUGAUCACCACACGCGCUCUGUCAGAUCCACAAUGUGGGACAGAGGAAGGUGGCAACAAAGGGAAGGAGUGGAAAAAGAGGACAGAAGUAGGCUUUUCUCCUCCUCUCUCCCUCGCUCUCCCCGUCUCCUGGGCGGCUCUGUUUUUGGCUGGGUCACCUGAGUCCUCCUACUGGCCGCGGCUCACAGGUAGCUGUGCGUGCGAGCGCUCUGACCUGAAGCGCGAAUCACAGAACGUGUCCAGAGAGAACGUGGACGAGUUCUUCAUCCUCCUCCUCCUCUUCCUCUCUCAGGUGAUCGGCUGUACGCAGUCUAAAUGCACCUGUGAGUGCUUCCAGCCUGGCAGAGUCAACCUCAGGUCAUGUGACCGCUGCAAGCACGGGUGGGUCGCCCACGCGGUGAGUAAGCUUAGUGCGGGUGCGGUGCCGUGCUCAGGGCAGGUGGAGAUAGUUCAGUGCUCGGUGGUGUUUGAUAUCAGCACUCUGCUGCUGUACGGCACUCAGGCCCUGCCCGUACGCAUGAAGAUCCUGCUGGACCGCCUCUUCAGCGUCCUCACGCACACACAGGUCAUCACCAUCCUGCACACGCUCGGCUGGACGCUGCGCGACUACAUCCGAGGAUACAUACUGCAGGACUCCAUGGGGAAGGUUCUCGAUCGCUGGGUGGUGAUGACCCCUGAGGACGAGGUUGUGACCCUGCAGCAGUUCUUGAGAUUUGGUGAGACUAAAUCCAUUGUAGAGCUCAUGGCUGUCCAGCAACAGCAGGAUCGCCUGGCAACAGUCUCCAGAACACCAAAGACUGACUCGGACAUCCGGCUGUUCAUCGAGAGCAGCAGCCACCAUCGUGGCCUCCAGAGUGACAGAGCUAGAGGUGAAACACCACCCAGCCUGCACCACUUUGAAAACCUCCCGGGAGGUAACCUAGCUUUUCUUCUGCCUUUUCAGUACAGCAGUCAGUCUGCAUCAUCUCCGCUAAUCCCUUCGUCCACACUUCUCCAGGAGGCCUCUGAUGUAGCCUGUAGACUACAGCAGACCAAACAGAGCCAUGGAACAGACAGCGAAUCAGUGGCUCCUUUCAGAGGCAGUAAACUGCCCAUUACAGGUGCUAGCACUACAGAUGAGAAGAUGCAUCUUGAAAGUGAAACUGACCACAGUGUUUCAGGGCUAGCAAAGCCUUCAAAUAAAGUGCAGCACAUUAGUGAUGUAGACCAACAGGCGGUGUUAGUGAAAGAAGAUACUUCAGGCACCUGCUCUUCAUCUUCCUCCACUUCCUCUGGCAUGAGGGAUCGUGGUCUUGGCAUGACGAUGCGUAAAGGCCGCGUGAGCUGCAGCGCAUGUGGAAAAACCUUUUAUGACAAGGGAACCCUGAAGAUCCACUACAACGCCGUCCACCUGAAGAUUAAACACCGCUGCACCAUCGAGGGCUGCAACAUGGUGUUCAGCUCGCUGCGCAGCCGUAACAGGCACAGCGCUAACCCCAACCCGCGGCUACACACUGCAGCACUGCGCAACACAAACUCCCCCCAGAACCAGCAGCAUCCAGCCCAGCCCUGCGCCACAGUUCUGCCCAGCAGAGUCAAACCUCCUCUGGACGUGUCUCCUCUGGGUGUCCCUGCGCUGUCUUCAUCCAUCCUGGAGACCACACAUGCUCCACUCACGUUCCCCUCCAUAAAGGCAGUCCAACCAGUGCUACCAUUCUACAGCACUGUGCUGUCGUCUAGGAGCUCCCCUGCAUCAAGUAGUUCUGUUGUUGCCAAGACCAACAAUGGCACAUCAAUGAUCAAUCAACCUCUAAAACAACAUACAUCCUUGUGUGAUGCUAAUAAUACACCGAGACAGGAGGGUGGAGCUAUGGUUCAGCUUACAGCCAAUCAGAACAGGGUAAAUAGCAUGAAUGACACAGUGCCCAAGAAGAAAUCGCGCAAGUCCAGCAUGCCGGUGAAGAUCAAAAGGGAGAUGUUGAAUGAUCAGGAACUCUAUGAAUACAAGGAUGAUGAUGAUAAGGAUGAUAAUGAUAAUGACGAACAAGACACUGGUGAAGGGAGUGAUAUGAACAUGUAUCUCGUAAAUGGCCUAAUGACCAGUCAACAGUCCUCACGAAUGCCAGUACAACCUCCCAAUGGACUCAAUGGUAACAAAUGCCACACCUUCAUUAGCCACAGUGGACACUGCAGUAGAAGGCCAAGCCAUGAAGGAGAUGACCAUGAGAUUUAUUUUAGUAAGACAUGCAUAAAUAAGAUCCAACACAUCAACCAUGAUGUUCUCAAAAUGCCCAGAACCUCAAUUAGCUGCUGCAACCUCAGCAUGAAGGAGGGCUCGGAGAAGCAUGAGGGAGUGAUGAAGAAGUGGAUGAAGAGAGAGGGAUCGGAAGGGGAGGAUAAGUGGAGAGAGAGAAUACAAAGUGGAAGAGAAGAGCGUCUCUUAAAGGUUAAGGAGGAGGUGUAUGACCCCAGCUAUGACCUUCACUGCAGCAGACACUGUGACUUUAACAUGUGGGCCAAUAAAGGUGUUGUUGCCAUGACAUCAACAGAGACCUUUGGCCUACAAAAAGACUUUAACACGUAUUCUGAUCAAGAGGAGGAGGACGGUGAGCCAGAUGAAGAGCAGGAAAGAGCAGCAAAGUGUUGA